CUGGAGCCGGAUGUUGCAAGAUGGCGGCGGUGGCGGCUGGGCUCGCUGGUGCUGUGGCGAAGGAAGGAACCGGCGCCGGCACUUGCUGAGGGAGACCCCCGCCAGCUUGGGCCCAUGAAGGCAAGCCCGCCCCUCUUCGUCUGCUGCUCCUCUUCAGGUGGCAAGUGACUUGGCUCCACUUCGAUCAUGCAGCCCCCUCCUCAGGCAGCUCCGCCGGGGGUCGGAGGCCCCCCUCCUCUUGCUCCCUCGUGGAACAUGCAUUGGCGAAAUGGCCCCUACGGUAGGCGCCCAAACGCCCCCGCCGGGGUGGCGGCGGCGGCGGCAGCUGGGCCUGUGCAACCAGUGACAGACCCCUUUGCCUUUGGCAAACAAGGCCCCCGGAGCUCCCCGCUGAGCAACGCGCCCCACGGAGACCCGGGCUCUUCUUCACUGGCUUUCCCUCCGUCAUCCGCUGUUCCUCUUCACCCCUCUUCUGGGCACCUUCCUCAGGCACCCGCUCCAUCGUUAACGUCGGUCUCAGCGCCUCACUCGGAAGCUGGGGGCUCCUUUUCCAUUUCCACGCCCUCCGCGUCAGCCUUUCCCAAAGGGGUGCCCAACAGCACCGAAGUGCAUCCAAGCCCAGAACACGCCCUGCGCCCCACCCUGGAGCCGCCUCAGCCCACGAGAAUCGGCCCCGAACAUUCUCUCUUGGCUUCCGUCCCAGACAGGCUGCCGGGCAGGCCCGACGUGAGCAGGAAUCCAGGCAACCCCGGUGCGGCCCCGCCACCAUUGCCCGCCUUCUCCCUCCUCCAGCAGACGGUGCCUCAGUGGAUGCCUCCCCAGAGCUCUGCUUACUUGCCUUCCCCAGAGCGCCUGUCCCGGAAUGCCUUUGGGGGUGCUGCCCAGGCCAGCCUCUCUGUUUCCCAGCCGGGCCCCCAGCUGGAUCCCCACCCGACUCCCCCUCACCCGCCUGGGCUCCCCGGUGCCCCCCAGGCGCCCUUCAUGCUUGCUGAGGCCUCCAAUGUGACUCUGCCCCCCAGUAGCACUUGGCAGAGCCCCACAGGCACCGGUGCCUGGACCGGCCAGCUCCCGCAAGAACACUUCUACUUGCAGCCCCUGGAAGCCACGCAUCCCUCGGGCCAGCCCACUUCUCAGGAAAACAGCCCCCCUGGCCCCGCCCAAGGGGUGACCGAAGCAGGUAGCAGGCCGUGCCUGGACGACGCAGAUGCCGGGACCAUUUCGAUGUUUUUCAAGGGGGACGAGGCCGAAAACGAGGAAAUCCUCUCAUCCGAAGCCAACAGCCACGCUGCUGCCAGACCGGACGUGGAUGCUUUCCAGCAGACCAUGGGACACACCUAUUACCAGCCUUUGCACGGCCCCCAAGGGCCGCCGGCUCAUUUUGCGCCCGCCCAGGCUAGCGCGGCACUGGCGGCCGAGGCGACGCCCAAAGACGGGGACGCCCAGCGCUUCCUUCGGACGGCGGUUGUCGCGGGAGAGGAGCAAGCCAGCCUUGUCUCACGAGCAGGGGGGAGCUGCUCUGCCAGCGGGCUGUAUGAAAACGUGGAAAACCAGGAGUGUGUCCAGAACCAGGAGGUUCUGCCCAGGGAGCCCCCUUCGCAGCAUCCUUCGUCCCCAGGGGCGGCCUCGGAUUCCGGCCGCUACGCCUCUCUGGCUCCACUGCUGCCCAAGAACCACGGCGGGAGCCAUGCGGAAGGAGGAGCCAACCUGGAGGCCCCCAGCGCGUUCCCACGGCCCGUCCGGCCCGACAGCGUCUCUUCCAACUACAGCAACUUGAGCCCCAGGGUCGCGCCCGGCCCUGCCCGCCCGCAAGAGCCCGGCACCUUCAUCCAGCAGGAAAGAGGGAAGCCCGAACAGGAGGCUUCCCGCGGCUUUUUUAAGCAGAUCGACUCCUCUCCACUCGGAACAGACGCGGCGCAGCAGGAGCCCGGCAAGAAUUACCACAGCCCCCCCUCCCAGGCGCCCACGCCUAGCCCCCCCAAGCCCACGGGCGUCUUCCAGACCAGCAUCAACAGCUCCUUUGAGCCGGUCAGGGCCCACAGCCUGGGGGUGAAGCCUGCGGAGACCGACCAGGCCAAGGUGGUGGCCGAGCUGAGGGAGGAUCGGCCCAGCCAAAGGAGUAGCCAGAGGAGCUCGACGGUUGCAGUGGCCUCCCCGGGGAACCUGGAGCAACCUCCCGACAACCUGGAAACCCUCUUCCUGGCCCCAGCCCAUGCCUUGCCCCUCUCCCUUGCGGGCAGCGGCAGUGGAAGCCCCCGUCAGCCGGCCGGUGGGGCAGGGAUGGAGAAGAGACCAACCACCAGAGCUCAGGGCCUGGGGAAGAAGUGCGAGAGCCCGGCCACCACCCUCUGGGCGCACAACGAGCUGCCCAGUUUUGGGGGCAACGUGCUCCUUGCCCCGGCUGCCCCUGCGGUCUACGUCCCGGCCAAGCAGGUGGUUCAGCCCCCGGAGGAGGCCCUGCCGAGCAAGCCGGGGCCCCAAGCCGGAAGCCUCCCGUCCGAAAACCUGGAAAACCCUCCCAAGCUGGGGGACGAAGAGGCCGCGGGCUCUCAGAGGAGCCUGGGUUAUGCCAGCCUCCUUUCCUCCCCGCUGACGGAAAUGCUUCAGAACCAGCCGGUCUUGCUGGCCCAGCCGAGUCAGUUCGGCAGCUUGGCUGCCCCCGCCGGUCCCUCGCUUGCCCUUCAGCUGGGCCAGCCCGAGAAGAGCCCCUCGGCCAAGGACCUGGGCGCCAGUGGGAUGCCUCUGCUGGAGAGGAACAGGAGCUACAGCCUGUCGGGGGAAAACCCGCCUGGGGGCUUAGUCCACUCCAACCCCCCUUUCUUCCACGGCCCGCUUAGCUCAGCCGAAACUGCUGCCCCCAAGUCCCUGGUUCAGUCUGGCUCUCAAGGGCCCCUCAACUUGGCUAUGGAAGCCCCCCAGCCCCCUGCUGCAGAAGGGCUGCCUGUGGAAAGCGCUGGCCAACCCACGGCUGGCGUUUCCCUCUCCCACGCCAGCCAUAACCUUCCUGGCUGGUCCCAGAACGCUCCCCAUGGCCAGGAGCUUUCCAAACCCCUGGAUUUGGCCGGGGCGAAGUCCCAGGAGCUCAGCAGGGCAGGGCUUGGCCAGCUCCUUUCGGGCAGCCCGGCGUUUCCUCCGGCCCCCGGCCCGGCUGGCCCCGGCAACCCCCAGCCUCGAGGCCCGCAGCAGUUCUAUCGGCAGGUAACCAAGGACGUGGGGCCCGCCAUGCCCUCCGAUCGAGGGGCGCCCUCGGAGCAAGGCCAUGCAGCUCCUCGGCAUUCUUCCGUUUCCCCCAACCUCCAGAUGCCUCCGGGAAACCCGCAUGACCCGGCACCGAGUCCGAAGCCUUGCCCCGGCGGCCCCUCGGAAGUCAGUUCAGCCCCGCCACCGCCCAGCCAUCCUCAGACAGGCACCGACUUCCGGCAGGAUCCCCGCAUCCCCCCUGGCAUGGGGCCUCCUCCUCCUCCUCCUCCUCCUGGAUCCACAGCCCCAAGCGGCCCCCAACCUGCUCGUCCCCCUUCGCACCACGAGCAGCAAUACCCUUCUUCGCAGAACCCCCAGAACGCUUACGGCCCACCUCCCAGCUCCUACUACUACUACCGGCACCCCUACGACAGCUACUCCUACCCACCGGUGGAUCCUAGAGUCGCUCAGCUUUACUACCAGGACCCGUAUGGCCAGUACAACUCUUCCUACAAGCAGUAUGACCAGUCGGCUGCCUAUCGAGACGCGGGGAGCUACUGGUACCCUGAGCCCCAGGAGCGGCCCAGUUCAAGAGCCAGCCACACUUCGGACAGGCCCCAGUCGAGACAAGAUUACCCCGACGACUACUACAACACCAAAAGUGGGUGGAAUGGCUACUACGGAGACUAUUACUCAAAUCCCUAUGAUAACGGAGGUAAGGAUUUGCUCCUACAGCAGAAUAUGCCAAUUUUAAUAUACGAAUUCCCCUACGGAACCACCGGAAAUCCCACAGUGGUGGGCACGGACAUUGCUGAGCUUCUGCUCCAGGAUCAUAAGACGGUGUGGCUGCCUGGGAAGUCGCCCAACGAAGCCAACCUGAUCGAUUUCACCAACGAGGCCGUGGAGCACGUGCCCGAAGAGAGUGGAGAGGCUCAGCUGUCCUUCCUAACGGACAGCCUCAUCGCCACCAUCGACAGCCUAGAGAAGGAAACGGAGCGCUUCCGGGAGCUGCUGCUUUACGGACGCAAAAAGGAUGCUCUGGAAUCUGCCAUGAAACAUGGACUUUGGGGCCAUGCAUUGUUGCUUGCCAGUAAAAUGGACAGCAGGACGCAUGCUCGAGUGAUGACCAGAUUUGCCAACAGUCUCCCGAUAAACGACCCGCUGCAGACUGUUUACCAGCUGAUGUCUGGUCGGAUGCCCGCAGCCUCGACUUGCUGUGGAGAUGAGAAGUGGGGGGACUGGAGGCCUCACCUGGCCAUGGUCCUCUCCAACCUGACCAAUAACACGGACGUCGAGUCAAGGACGAUUGUCACCAUGGGGGACACGCUGGCUUCCAAAGGCCUCUUGGACGCUGCUCACUUCUGCUACCUGAUGGCCCAAGAGGGCUUCGGCGUCUACACCAAGAAGACCACCAAGCUGGUGCUCAUCGGUGCAAACCACAGCUUGCCUUUUCUGAAGUUUGCCAGCAACGAGGCCAUUCAGCGGACAGAGACCUACGAGUACGCACAGUCCCUGGGGACUCAGGCAUGCUCCCUGCCCAACUUCCAGGUGUUCAAGUUCCUCUACGCUUGCCGGCUGGCUGAGAUGGGACUCAUUGCGCAAGCCUUCCAUUACUGCGAAGUCAUUUCCAAAGCCAUCCUUACAAACCCCGGCUGCUAUUCGCCGGUUCUUAUCGCCCAGGUGAUCCAGAUUUCCUCUCAAUUGCGGCUCUUUGACCCUCAGAUAAAGGAGAAGCCUGAGCAGGAAUUAUUUAUUGAGCCCAACUGGCUAAUUCAGCUCCGACACUUGGACAGGCAGAUUAAGGAGGGCUCCUUUGGUUACGGCCUCGGGAGAGUCACACCCCAGCAGUAUUCCUCCAGCACGCCAAGCUCAGAGCAUGACCACACCAGUCAGAACGAAAGCCUGGGAGGCGGCCUGGAAGUGAGCUCCAACAACCCGUUGUUGGCUCCCCUGCUGCCCAACAUGAUCCAGCCCGGGCAGAGUGUCCAGUUGAUGCCUUCAGCUCCUCCUACCAUCCUGGACGGCACCAUGGCUCUGACCCCAACUUCCCAACAGGAACCUGCUGCUGCUGUUCCUUUCUACUCCAUGGUACCUGCCUCUAUGGGCCCAGGACCUGGCUCUCUGAACCCCUAUGGAGCCGAGAUGAACCCCAUGUACAGGGGGCCAGCGGUGCUGCCAGCAGGUCUACCUCCUCAAGGCCCUGAGCUGCAGCCACACGAGGGGACCCAGCAUGAAGCAGGGGUGGCUGAACCUCCCGUAUGGAAGGCCGUUCCAGAAGAAGACUUCUACGCGAAGAUGGCAAACAUGGGCCCAGGCCGACGGUCCCGAUCGACCUCCCAGUCUUCGGCCCACAUGGGCCUGGGGCGACGUUCUCGGACGACCUCGGAGUCCUCCGUGCAUUCUGUCGGCCGGGAGAGGCGAAACUCCGCCGCCAAGCAGCCUUCUCCGCCCCCACCCUCCAUCCCCGAAAGGAAGAAAACCCCCAAAGAAGCCAAGAAGGAGCUGGCACCUCAAAAAAGCGGCAGCCACUGGCUUCGUUGGCUCAUGGGGAAAAGCAAAAAUGAAGCCCAUCUUCCGGAUGACAAGAACAAGUCGAUUGUUUGGGAUGAAAAGAAACAGCGGUGGAUCAACCUGGAUGAACCCGAAGAGGAAAGCAAACCCCCUCCACCUCCCCCCACCGGGUUUCCUCAGGCUGCUCCCUCUGGAUUAGUAGGACCUCCCAAUGCCUCCGUCAACGUGUUCUCCAGGAGAGCAGCGGGGAGUAAAGGUCGCUACGUGGACAUUCUGAACCCAAGCAAAGCCACGUCCCCCGUUCCUGCUCCAGCACCAGCUGACCUGUUCGCUCCCUUGGCCCCGAUGCCCAUCCCUGCCAACAUGUUUGUACCCAACUCAGUUCCUGAAGAGCAAACACCGCUGGAGGGUGGAGUGGCUCAAGAUCAGGUGGCACCAGGCAACGACGCCAACCCUGAGUCAACUGGAGAAGUACCAUACUUAAAUUCUGCUGCAUUUCCACCUGGGCCUGAGCUUCCUGCGUCGAAUCCAGGGGACGCCCAGCCUGGAGAGCUUUCGCGCUCUAGUUCAAUGAGUUCAUUAUCCCGUGAAGUCAGCCAGCAUUUAAAUCAGGUACCUUGGCUGGCCCUCCUCCACCUCUUCUCUUUCCCUGCUCCUUGUCCCUCCUUUCCCCCCCCCCCCCACAUUCGUAUCUUGCCCCAGUUCUGGCAUUUUCAACUUGCAUUUCCAUCCAACUAACACGUCACCGUAACGAUGAAAUCUUCCGGCCCCUAAACCAGGGAAGUGGGUUACCAGCCUCUUUUUGAACCAGCUCUCUCCUUGGCUGAGGAAACAUGACAGCUUUUCUAUAAUGCUGGGUUCAUAGUCCAAGUCCCCCCACCCACCCACUUGCAAAAAGGGGUCAGGGUUGGGGUUUUGUCCAGCCUGGAAUGGGAUAGGAACUGAAAAACAAUAGAAAAGGCCAAAUGUGCUGAAUCAGGAUAUGUUUGGGUGUAACGACACACUUAAGAGUUUGAUGGGUAAACUUAUCAACAAAUGAAUGGGAUUUCCCCCUUUCAGGACCGACAGCAGGGCUUGUAAUGCAACAUCUGGACUCAGUAGCACUCCUAUGCAUACAACUCAAAAUAUGGGCCAGGUAUAUAGGCCACACUUUUUGGCCUAGAGGUGGAGCUCUCACCUGACAAUCAGGAGGCCGUGAGUUCGAUUCUAGGUAGAGACUGAUAUU